GUGUGCUCUUGCAAUCUUUAACACAGAUGUCACUUGCUGAGAGAUACACUGUGAUUUGUAAUGUGAGAUUACCAUGAAUUUUCAAUAUAAUUACUCCAACUAUACUCAAGAUGGCUUUCACCAAGAUCAAGGUGUACAGCACAUCCUUACCAAUCAGGCAGGAGGCAUCUAUUUCCAAGGUGUGGCCCCUACUCCUGGCUCUGGAGUCAUCAAUCAGCCAGUGAUUUGGCCAGAGUAUGGAUAUCAGCCCCAGCAAAACCAUGGGCUGUUCGGCAACCCCACUGCUCUGCCGCAGUUCCUGCCUGUCACCGAGAUCCCAGUCUUCUACCCUAACCCUUCUCAGGGAUACCAAGGGAUACCCCUCCAGGAUGGAUCUGUAGCCUUCGAUCCCUUGCCACAAAGCCCUGUGAUGUUUGUGGAUCCUAGUGGUCAACAGCGUGGCAUUUCUGUGACCUUCCAUCCACAGCUGCAAGCGCCCCUUGUGGCUAUGGGUGGUGCAGGCCCACAGUAUAGUGUCCCUGUGCCCUAUGGUCCACACAUCCAAGCCCCCAUCAUGUAUGUGGAUGCCAACAGGCAGCAGCGUGGUACUGCUGUGCCUUUCGACCUACAGUUGCAGGCACCCUUCAUGUUGGUGGACAACGGAGGCCUACCUCAUGGCACCUCUAUGCCCUCUGAUCCAUAUCUACAAACACCCUUGACGCCGAUGGAUUCCACUGGCUUACAGCAAGGCACCACUGUGCCCUUCAAUCCAGUGCCAGCACCAAGCGAACUUGCUCAGCUCAUCAGCAUGCCACAGCUGCCAUCAAUUGAGGAGCUGGCUGCUGGACUGAGCACCACUGGACUGAUGAGACCAGCCCCAAUGGCAAAGCUUCCAUUUUUACACAGUAUUAAUUUAACAUAAAUAAUCUGAAAAUGAGCGGGGAAAAGUCAUUCUCGCUAGGUGCGCUAGGUGAAAUGGAGAAUCAUUUGGAGUCAUAUUAAAGGGAUAAGAUAUGGAGUUGUAGAGGAAAUACGCUAUUAAAUCACUUUAUGUUUUA